AUGGAAGAAGAGGAGGAAAUUAAAGAUUCAAUGCUGAAAACAACAUACACGAGACAGCUCUACUACACUGUGCAACCUGGUACCGAUUUCAAAGAAAUGAAAGACACACCAACAUUGGAUGGCGAUGUUACCGACAGGCAGGCGAAAUCAAUGCUUCUCACUGGUCCACAAGAUCCUCUUCCAAAUUUGGUCGUAAAAAGGGAUGUCGGAGACCUUUUUCAAGAUCUCAGUCAGCCAGUUAAUGGAAAUGCCGAAGAAUUCACAGCAAGCCAGAGAUCAUUGUUGGGCGCCUUUGAUGGAGUGUCAGAUUUAUCGAAUGAUGCAGCUAUCAUACUUUCUGAGGAACAUCUCUUCACUCGGCGCACUCGUUCUUCUACGCGUUUGCAACAUGCAAUAAAAAGCGAACCGAUUAUUAGCCAAAUUCAAGUUGAAAACCAAUAUUAUGUGAAAGAUGGUGGACAAUUUAUUCAAGAAGAAGUGUUUUUCCAAGAUGCCGACCCUUACGGGAUGAACGCAUGGCCUCAUUUUUAUGUCGGAAUUCCAGAACAGAAGAAAACGUCGAAGAAUGUCGACUAUUUGGUCCUCGAGAAGACACUUUUCACGAAAAUCGACGUGGACGUGCCGUUUGAGUUGACAUACCCACAGGAGUAUGCUAACCACAACACAAUGUUACGAAUUUUUGUUCAAUACGAUGAGCCAACUAUGAAAGGACAGCCUGUUGAACGCUGUCCAAAUCACGUUAAUAAAGAUCACUCGGAUUAUCGCAAAAAUCAUUUUGUGCAAACCGAGGAUCGUAGUGGGCUGGAGUAUGGGGAUGGCGCACUCAUGUAUGAUUUGCGCAUGCCUCUCACGGAUAAUAUCAAUCUCAAGUUUAAAUGCUGGACCUCUUGCAGUAUCAUCAAGCGUCGACCCAUUUCACUUGUAUUUGAGAUUUCUGGUCCCAAUCUUCCGUCUUUGACGUAUUUUUUUUGUCUUCGCUCGUGUGCCAAUCCGUCGCGAGAUGCUCAAAAAGAAAUCAAGGAAAAAGCUGCUUUGGAUCCUCAGCCUGGAACUUCAACUGUGGAGAAACGACACUCUAAACAACCAGAUCCAACUCCUUCGCCUACAAGCGGAGAAUCCAAGUUUCGCAAACGAUCCGCAAAACUCGAAUGUAAUGUGCCCAUUAAGAGAUCCGAAUCAGAAGAUGGCGUUCAUACAAUUAUGGUAUAUGGUCGAAGCAAAUACUAUAAGGUGCUUGAAUUUAUCGAAAGCCUCGAGAAAACCGAGAGAUACAACGCAAAUAAGUUCGGAGAACCAAAUCUUUUCAACGAUUUGACUCAAAUCACCUAUGAUACUCGUGUGCAAAGUUGGCUCGAUGGAAUUGCAUUGGGACGUUUUGCCGAGAAUUUGCAAGAAGCUGGCAUUCGCACCAUGGGAGAUUUGUGUGAAACCUUCACGCCAGAUUUAUUUGAAAAAGCUGGAAUCUCCAAGGAAACGGCGGGCUAUCUCAACAAGGUUUUUCUUAACUGGAGGAAUGUCUACGAAAAUCAUUCGCAUGAUGAUCAAAAG